UAAACACGUUUUAUCACGAGAGGCAUAUUAGAGGAAGCAGACGACUACUUUAUAUCAGAAGAAGAUCAUCAAAACAACAGAAUAAAUGCACUAAGAUAUAGCAGGUAUUACUGGUAUAAGAUCAAGAUGACAGCACUACAGGAUACUCUAUCUGAACAUCAUGUACAACAGGAUAUCACAGCAGUUCUGGAGGAUCUUGUAGAGAAAUGCUGCAAAGUAGUAGAUGGUAAUAAGUCUAGUCAAAACAAGCCAAAUUCUCCUGAGAAUAAUACAAACAAAAUACCGCAAUUAAUGAAUGAGGUUUUAAACUGUGCAAAUGAUGAAAAAGAAUGUGUUGAGCAUAUUGAUGAAAAUUCAGUGGGUUUGACAUUUCAAUCAGAUGGAUUGGGAACAAAACAGGACCAGUGGAAGGGAUUGGUCCAAGUCAAGUACCCAUCACUGUAUAAGGAAAAUGAUAAGGAUAUUCACAAAAUAAUGGAAUAUCUACUAGAUAGAUGUUGUUUGAAUGCACAGAAGACUGUUGUCUUAGAAGGAACUCACAUUGAAAACCAAAAUGUUAAAGACUCCACAACUAGUGUAAAGGUGAUGCAGGAGGAUGAAGCUCCCAAGUGCAGAACUGUCACUGAAAACAUCAGAACACCUACUGUCAGUAAGGACAACUCUUCAGAUGAAGAAAACUGGAAGAAGAGUGUGUCAGGCGAGUGUAAGUUAAAGAGCAAGAGUCUUCUUGAUAGGGAUGAAGGGAAUAUCUCAGAAAUUCAUGAUAAAGUCAACCAAACCGACUCCUUUGUUGACAUUAAUGAUGCUGCUGCAUUUAAAAACUUUGAUGAUGAUGAUGAUGAUAGUAAAGUUUCUAAAAGUUUAUUUGAUGGAGAAAAUCUUGAAAGAGAAAUCGAAAGUGCAAAACAAAGUUAUGUCUGGAAGAAGUGUGAGCUGGUAACAAAUUGCAUGAAGGGGGACUCAAAUGUUGGAUUGGAUGAGUUUGAUGCUAGAGCAGAGGAAGGUUUCUUCAAUGUCAACCAAAAGAAAGCCGAGAUGAAUAUUGCUUCAGGCAGUGUAUUGUCAUUAAGUUGUCUUUGUAAAGAGGUAAUUAGUAUAAAUGAACAAAAUCAUCACAAAAGCAAGCCUGAUGUCUGUCAUUUGAAACACAUUAACCAGGAGGAAAUAACUAUACCUCAUCAAACUAUUAAAAGUGAAAAACCAGUCACAGGAAAUUGCAACAGUGAUCAGGCAAAAAAUCAGGAAAAGCUGCAGGAACAUGAUUUUGAUCACUUUGAGUCAGAUCUUAUUGACAAGCAAGAGGAUAUUUGUGAGAAUAAAAUGACUUUUAUCAAACAUUUGGGUUUGUCACCAUUGUUAGUAUCGGGAGAAACUGAAGCAGAUACUAGUCCUAUUUGUCUGGAUACUGACAAACACUAUCUGUCACCAUCUAAACCAGUGGAAAGCAAUAACAAUUCCACAGAGCUGAGAGAUGAAGUGUUUGAAAAGAUUGAAAUUGAUUCAGAAGAAGAGCUUCAUCUGGAAGUUGCCCAGAUGAUCCCGUGCAAAAGAAUGAAAAUGGAGGAUGAAGUGGUGAUGAAUGAUUUUCAUGCUAAUCAAACAGGAAGUGAAGUGUGCUUGUUCACAGAAGUUGGAUAUGAGAACUGUAAUGAGAAACUGCUGGAUGUGUCUGCAGCAACAGAAAAAAAUCAAAAUUCAAAAAAUGUAACCCAGGAAGAUGUUAAAGAUGUUGAAGACACUGAACAACCUGAAGUUGCUGUGCGCCAAAAUUCAUUCCAAAGAAUAGAGCAAUAUAUGAAGUGUGAUAAAGUAGAAGUGACGGGUCAAGAUGAUGAGAGUAGUAAAGGAAAUGGUUCCAGUUAUCUCGUUAACGAAACAAUAUGUGAUCAUGUUCCAGAUGACAUCUCACUACCAUAUAAAGUAGAAGUGACGGGCACAGAUGAUGAGAGCAGUAAAGGAAAUGGUUCCAGUUAUCUCAUUAACGAAACAAUAUGUGAUCAUGUUCCAGAUGACAUCUCACCGCCAUCAAAAUUGGUCAGUAAUGACUUUGAUGUGAUGGAUGAGGUGCAGACUUCUGCUGAUAAGUUGGAGAAUGGUGCUACUGAAGAAAGGCAGAAUGUCACACAAUCUGAAGAACAAUUAGUUCCAUCCACUGAGAACAUAGAACAAAAAGAAGUAUAUGAAACAGAAUCAUUUUAUGAAGAAGAAAAUACUGGAUCCAUUGAAUACAGAGAAGUAAAAGCUUUGGAGGAUGAGCAAAAAGAUUCUAUCCAUGGUGUAUAUGAUCCAGGUACAAACUGCUUCAAAUGGAAAUAUGCCCCUUCUUAUGAUAUGGAGGAUGUUGUUCCAAAUGAAGGGAGAGAAGAGGAUGUUUCACCUCGUAGAAUCUUGCCAAUAUCUUCUUGCAAGAAACCUAUUCGAGUUGGUUUAUCCAGAAAACAGCAGCGGCUUGUUUCUCUUCAUCCCUACAUAAAAAAGCACUGAGGAGGUGUCUGAUGUA